UGUUCCCAGCGCCUCGCCCCAGAGGCAGACGCAUCUCAGCUCCGGGUGAGCAACCCCUGGGCAGUGUCGCUGUGUGGCUGUUCCCAGCCGCCCCGCCCCAGAGGCGGCUGCAUCUCAGCUCGGGGUUUGUACCAGCCGGAUGCCCCAGCCAUGGGCAGAGUCCCGAUGCCACAGCAGAACGCUGGGGAAAGGGAGCUUCCGCCUCAGGGCCCCCACUGGAGAGCAGGGGGUCCUGCCACGCUGAGGGUCCUGAUCCUUGCCCUGCUCUGGAGGGGGUCCCUGUCCCAGCCGCCCGGAUUUACCCUGACGGUGCCGCAGUCGGUGUCGGUGCAGGAGGGUCUCUGCGUUCUCAUCCCCUGCACCUUCACGUACCCAGCCCGGUACGACACCGACAAUCCCUCGGCCCAGCUCUACGGAUACUGGUUAAAGGAGCCUGGUACUGUGGGCCAGGAUCCUCCCGUGGCCAGCAGUCUCUCCAGCCUGGGGGUGUCGCAGGAGACCCAGGGCCGGUUCCGGCUGACGGGGGAUCCAGCGCACGGCGACUGCUCCCUGCAAAUCAGUGAUGCCCGACGGACGGAUGCCGGGAGAUAUUUCCUUCACAUCGAGAAAGGCCUGUUAGAUCACACUUACCGCUCCAAUUCCGAUGGCACUGACCCUCCGCUCACGAUCUCCGUGCCAGGGCUGACGGAGGAGCCAGAGAUCCAGAUCUCGCCAGCGCGGGGGCUGCCAGGGACGCUGCUGGCAGGGGAGCCGGUGAAUGUGACCUGCACGGCCCCUGGGCGCUGCUCCGGGCCCCCUCCCCGAGUGACCUGGACGGGACCAUUCAGCGACACAGCCCAGAACGUCUCAGCCCAGCUGGGGAACGGCACCUGGGCCCACAGUUCCACGCUCAGCUUCACGCCCGGCCUGGGGGACCACGGCAAAAAGCUCGUCUGCAGCGUCACCUACAGGCCACAGGGACCUUCCACCCGCAGAACCGUCCGGCUCGAAGUUGGCUGUGAGUGA